GAGAGCAGAGCUCCGGGGCUAGAGUGAGUGGAGGACGGCCGCGGCCGGUGGCCGAGCACGGAGGGGUGAGCCAGCGGGCCAGCGCUAGCGCCGAGCAACCGCCAGUACCCGCACAAGUACCCCGGGAACCGGCGGCGGCGUGUGCGUGUGGCCCGUGUGCGGGCGGCGGCGCGGGAGGAGAGCGGAGCGGCAGCCGGUUCGGGCGGGUGGCAUCAUGGACGAGAAGGUGUUCACCAAGGAGCUGGACCAGUGGGUCGAGCAGCUGAACGAGUGCAAGCAGCUGUCCGAGUCCCAGGUCAAGAGCCUCUGCGAGAAGGCUAAAGAAAUCCUGACAAAAGAAUCCAAUGUGCAAGAAGUUCGAUGUCCAGUCACUGUCUGUGGAGAUGUGCAUGGGCAAUUUCAUGAUCUCAUGGAACUGUUUAGAAUUGGUGGCAAAUCGCCAGAUACAAAUUACUUGUUUAUGGGAGAUUAUGUUGACAGAGGAUAUUAUUCAGUUGAAACAGUUACUCUGCUUGUAGCUCUUAAGGUUCGUUACCGUGAACGCAUCACCAUUCUUCGAGGAAAUCAUGAGAGCAGACAGAUCACACAAGUAUAUGGUUUCUAUGAUGAGUGUUUACGGAAGUAUGGAAAUGCAAAUGUUUGGAAAUAUUUUACAGAUCUUUUUGACUAUCUUCCUCUCACUGCCUUGGUGGAUGGGCAGAUCUUCUGUCUACAUGGUGGCCUCUCACCAUCCAUAGAUACACUGGAUCACAUCAGAGCACUUGAUCGCCUACAAGAAGUUCCCCAUGAGGGUCCAAUGUGUGACUUGCUAUGGUCAGAUCCAGAUGACCGUGGAGGUUGGGGUAUAUCUCCUCGAGGAGCUGGUUACACCUUUGGGCAAGAUAUUUCUGAGACAUUUAAUCAUGCCAAUGGCCUCACAUUGGUGUCUAGAGCUCAUCAGCUGGUGAUGGAGGGAUAUAACUGGUGCCAUGACCGAAAUGUAGUAACGAUUUUCAGUGCCCCAAACUAUUGUUAUCGUUGCGGAAACCAAGCUGCAAUCAUGGAACUUGAUGAUACUCUAAAGUACUCUUUCUUGCAGUUUGACCCAGCACCUCGCAGAGGCGAGCCACAUGUUACUCGUCGUACCCCAGACUACUUCCUGUAACGAAAUUUUAAACUUGUACAGUAUUGCCAUGAACCAUAUUUUGACCUAAUGGAAAUGGGAAGAGCAACAGUAACUCCACAAAGUGUCAGAGAAUAGUUAACAUUCAAAAAAACUUGUUUUCACACGGACCAAACAGAUGUGCCAUAUAAAAAUACAAAGCCUCUCGUCACCAACAGCCAUGACCACUUUAGAAUGAGCCAGUUCAUUGCAUGCUGAAGCGACAUUGUUGGUCAAGAAACCAGUUUCUGGCAUAGCGCUAUUUGUAGUUACUUUGCUUUCUCUGAGAGACUGCAGAUAACAAGAUGUAAACAUUAACACCUCGUGAAUACAAUUUAACUUCCAUUUAGCUAUAGCUUUACUCAGCAUGACUGUAGAUAAGAAUAGCAGCAAACAAUCAUUGGAGCUUAAUGAACAUUUUUAAAAUUAAGUACCAAGGCCUCCCCUCUACUUGUGAGUUUUGAAAUCGUUUUGUUUAUUUUCAGGGAUACUGUUUAAUUUAAUUGUAUGAUUUGUCUGCACUCAGUUUAUUUCCCCUUCUCAAAUCUCAGCCUCCUGUUGUUCUUUGUUACUGUCAGAUCCUGGUGAGUUGUUUUGAACAGAACUGUUUUUUUUUCCCUCCCUCCUGUAAGACGAUGUUAACUGCACAAGAGCACUGCAGUGUUUUUCAUAAUAAACUUGUGAACUAAGAA